UAGGCGCACGCGUCUCUAUCCGCGCGGACCCGGCGAGUGGUGGUGGCGGGGCUGUCGGGCCGCGGCGUCUCCCCCGCGAAGCGAGGCCACACCACAAACACCACCACACCACAAACACCACCACGACAAACACCACAACCACCACCACAAAACCACAACAGCCACCACAACAACAACCACAACAACAACCACCACCCUCUCUCAUCCAUCUCUCGCGAAGGCGACCAACUCCUCCGGAUUGCCGUUUGCUCCCGGGGAGUCCUCUGCACGCCCCGUGCACCCACCCAGUCGUCUCUAAAACUCAACGUCGCGCGAUCCUCUCCUCCACGCGCGCGAGCACAUCGCCCUACGCCGCUCCUCACCUCCCAUCGCGUCGUCCACCGCCGGCAGCAGCGGGCGAGCGAUCCCCUCCCCCUCAACGCCUCCUGGCGCCAUGGACGGCGACGGGGAACGCGCGGCCGAAGAUCGGGGAGGCAGCCCCGGCGAGCGGGGGAGCCCUGACAGGGACCGCGACGAGAGGAUCAAGACCGAGCCCGAGGAUGAAUGGACGGAGGCGCCGCUGAUCGAGGAGUCUCGCGGCGGCGACGACGAUAGCUUGGCCGCGCUCGACAGAGCGUCGACGUCGCCUGGGACUGGCGAGGGCCCCGCCGGAGACGGCGGCCGCGGCACGCCGGGUCCCGGUGAUGGGGCCGGUGCCGCUGCUUCACAGGCGCAGGCCAGCACCAGCUGGUCCGGCCUCGUCGACUACCUCAUCAAGUCAGAGCUGCAGAAGUGGCAUGGAUCGCCGUCGAGCUCGCCGGGGCUGUGCAUGCCCUCCGGCCCGAGUCAGUCUUCCCGUCACUUCUCCCCCUCGCUGGGCGGCGGAGGCGGCGGAGGCGGCGGCGGCGGUGGCGGCGGCGGCGGUGGUGGUGGGCACCGCGGCGCGGGUGCCGGCUCGCUGCUGCUGUGUGAGGUGUGCGGAGACCUGGCGUCGGGCAUCCACUACGGAGUGUAUGCCUGCGAGGGAUGCAAGGGGUUUUUCCGGCGCACGGUGAGCACGCAGGUGCAGUACGAGACGUGUCAGAUGAACUGCGUCAUCCAGAAGAGCAACCGCAACCGCUGCCAGUUCUGCCGCUUCCAGAAGUGCCUCUCCGUCGGCAUGUCCCGCGACUCUUCUCGCCGGGGUCGGACCCCCCAAGCGGCCAAGGUCCGUCCGCUAACACGGCCUUCGAGCAGGAGCCCCCACCGGCCCCUCGCUGGACAGGCCCUGGGAGAGGAGAUCACAGAGUUCGGGACCUAUGAGAGCAACCCCUUGCCGCUGGUGACGGCACGCUCCACGCUGGCCGACAUGCUCACCUCGUCCACGCUCUCCACCUCGUCGGGAGGAAACCGCACAGCCGCCUCCUCGUCGCCCGCCGCCAUGUGGGAUGGGCCCCGUUCCGCCUCCCCCGUGUGCCUCGACCUGCGGCAGCACCUCCCGGCGCCGUGCCGCUCUCCUCCGCGCUCGUGGGACGGCCGCUCGUGCGGCCCGGCCGCCGACGCCCCGUCGCGCCGCCGCGCCUUCGACCCGCAGCCGCGCCGCGACCUGCACGACGCCUACGACGGCCCGGAGCCGGCGGACGACGACGGCGGCGACGACGACGACGACGACCUCGGGGGGAUCGGCGGCGGCGGCGGUGGCGGCGGGAGCGGCGGGGUCAACGCUCGCGAGGAAGCGGACGCUCGCGGCAGGGCCGGCCCCGGCGGGCUGCGCGCCGCGGAGGCCCUGCGCGUGCUGGCGCGGCACACGCAGGAGGUGUGGCCCGUGGCGCGAGGGUCCGCGCCGGCGGAGGCUCGCGCCCGCCCGCCCGGCGCCGCUCAGCACGCGCCCAACGCUCGCGACGAGCUGCGGCGUGCGGCCCGCGAUCUGCAGCGCUUCGCGAGCCAGCAGGACGUGCUGCUCAAGGGCGCGCUCUACGACUGCAGCCAGGGCCAGCCGGCCGACGCGGCCCGCCUGGUGCACGAGGCCCGGGACCUCCUGCGCGGCGUCCGCGAGGGCCUGCGUGCGCGCCUCGACGCGGUCGCCGACGGCCUGGACGCAGCGACUGCCGGGCCGGGCGGCGGAGCGGAGGGGGCGGCGGAGGGGUCCGCCCCGGCCUGCGCCAGCCCCGCGUCGCCCGAGUGGAGGCUCUCUUCCGAGCUGGGCGCGGCCGAGAGGGGGCGCAUGCUCUAGCGGUGCCGGGCGCGCGCCGUUCGUCCACGAGCGACCGAAUAAAUAGCCAGCGGUGGCCCGGCGUCAGCAAAGAGUCGACGUUUGUCAAAGGGAUCGAGCCGACGUUGUUAAGUGACUGGCGCGACAAGCAAAAAAAUAUAAAUUAUAAUCGAGGAUUUUUUUUUUUUCCUGCCGACAUAAAAGUUGUUGACGUACCUGGCUGCCGCAUCCAGAAAAGGCUGAAGCACGUGCUUUUUUUGUUAAAUCGCGGCGCUUGGCAUCAACGAUGUUGGUUUCGACGUUUGUUCGACGUUGGCAAGCGAGCGACCCCGGUGAGUUGUCUGCCGCUGCCGUGUUUUCUCCCCCAUUCCCCCCCCCCCACCUCGCUGAUUUGAUGGUCGUGGCUUCGCAGUGCUUUGGGCCGCGAUGGCCGGUACGCAGGGUGCUAAGCGAUCUGGGGGUGG